CCCCCCCCCUCUCUCUCUUCUUCUCUCUCUCCGUGCCUUUAGCUGACUCGCUCUUUCGCUCGCCCCGGGAGACGCAUUGGAAACGCUUGGAGCCGAAAGGAGGCGAUCAGAAGAGACGCGAGCCCCGUUCGAAUCGCAGAGCUACUUUGCCCAAUCCCUCGAUUAACGCAGUGACAUUUACGUUUUCCCAUCAGAUUCUAUUGCUUCUUUCUUCUUUCAGGACGGCCAGACUUGUCAUGACCGGCGAAACAUUAGGAGGCGCGCAUUCCAUUCGAGACGUGCACCUGCCAAAGUGUCGUGUGCUGUGUCUGCGUGCGUGUAGGGUUGCUCGCCCCUAGCCAGCAGUGCAAUGUGUUUCAUUCUCCAUUGAGUGAGCCGCGUGUCAACCCAAUAUCGCACGAGAGUGGGGGACUCGUGUGCGUAAAAGAAGAUGCGUGGCGUCCUCUGGAUGAUGAUGAUAUGAUGGUGGAGCUGCUGCUGCUGCUGAUGAUGAGAGAAGGUUGCAAUGCGCUGCACAGCCGCUGGAUGUAAAGCGAGAGUGUUGCGAUGCAAGACAGAGGGGCGUCUCGCUGUGCUGCGCAUGGAUUCCGCGUCUCCGCUCAUCGCCUCCUCUCUCAAAGCCAUCGUCAACACAUCCACCACCUCCUCGUCCUCCUCCUCCUCCUCGUGAGCGUCUGCUUCUUCGGGUCGGGGCUUUCGCGCUCAAUCUCCGCAGCAUUCGCGUCGAGUAGCUCAGAGGAGAGGCUCGUUUCGGACUUCCCGCAGUAGCGAGGAAGGAUACUUGUAGCAGCAGCAGCAAUAACAACAACAGCAACAACAAGCAGCUUCGUGAAUAGGAGGACGAUCAGAGAGUGAGAAACUUGAUGGGCGAGAGGCACGCCAGCGCGAUGUCCGCACCUACUACAUGCGCCCUGGCGCGCUGCUCUACAAUUUAGUUGGGAGGGUUUGUUUUAUUGGAUUAAAAUCUUGCGACCGAGGAGCGACGGAAGAAGACAAAACUGGCUGUAAUUCGUCGGUUGCGAUGACCAAGCAUGAGCCCCGCCUGGCUUGGUCCUCCUUGGGCGGCCCUGCACGCGCUGCUGUCCGGCCUCCUCCUCCUCACCGCUCUCCUUCGCGCUUCCAGCACGGCGACCUCGGCCCUUCCGUGCUCCUCGACCAUCGGCGAGGUGCUGCGUGGCUCAUUCGGCUCGCGUGAGAUUGGCACGCGGGGCGGCGAUGGGAGCUGCACGUGGAUCGUGCACAACCCGGAUCCCACCAAGUAUUCGGUCUUCCUGAAGAUCGCCGCCACCGACGAAGAGAGCUGCCGGGAUUACCGUGUCGCGGUCCGCAGCUUCGACCUGCAUUUGCCCGCCGGCAAUGGGACAUCUUCCGCCUGGACCGCACCGGGCGCCGGCGGGGAGGUGCUGCAGCCGUGCUCGCCGGCCACGAACGCUCUCUCGCCGCUGCUGCUGCUGCGCUCCAACGCUGACGACGUAGAGGUUCAGAUCUCCAGGAUUAGCGGCCGCGAGGACCAGCGUCUUGGCCCCGCGGGCGGCGACUCGGAAUUAUCGGUUGAUUUCCUGCUGCUUGACAAUGUGCUGGGUUCCGUCACUUCAGCUGGGGGAUGUGGGGUCCUGUGCUCGUGGCUGGAGAGUGGAAGCUUCGGAUGUGUGGUAUUGGGGCCACGUCUUCAGUGUGCCCAUGGAGGGGAGCUGUCUGUUGCGCUUCCUUGUGCGUGCAGCACCCUCCCGGUUACCAUCCCCGCGUCUCCACUUGCCAGCAGGACGGAUGAUUGCCCGAGGCCAGGGUGCCUUCCCAAGGAUGUGGCUAAUGACCGCGGCAAGGGCGUGCAAGACUGGCUGCCUCUCCCUCUGACAGCCCCUCGGAGUCAAGGCCUUCGCUCGCUGGAGGUUCAAGGCAAGCGACUCCAAACCCGGAGGCCAUUCUCCUCGCAGCAGUACGGAGGAGAGCAGGAUCAGCCCCCGGGUGGGGGUGGCAAGGAGUGGUCCGAGUGGAGCCAGUGCUCGACCACGUGCGGCGAGGGAUCGCAGGUGCGCACGUGGGCCUGCGUCCCCAACCUCUGCAAUGGCACCCUGCGCGAGCAGCGCAUCUGCAACAACUCAGCGGUCUGUCCAGUUCAUGGCACGUGGGAGGAGUGGACCCCCUGGAGCCUCUGCUCCUUGACGUGUGGCCGCGGGCUGCGCACGCGCGAGCGCACCUGCAACGAACCGCAGUAUGGCGGCAACCACUGCGAUGGGCCCAAAAACCAGAGCAAAGUGUGCAGCAUUGCCCUCUGUCCAGUGGAUGGAAAGUGGACAAAGUGGUCAAAUUGGACUCCUUGCUCUGUGUCGUGUGCCAAUGGGACCCAGCAACGUUCACGGGAGUGCGAAGGCCCCAUCUAUGGAGGCGCGGAGUGCAGGGGCCAAUGGACUGAGAAGCAAGAAUGCUACAUCCGCGUAUGUCCUGUGGACGGCCAGUGGAUGUCCUGGGGCCAGUGGAACGAAUGCCCCGUGACGUGUGGCAGAGGUGAGCGGAGGCGCAUUCGAGUCUGCCACGGGCCGUUCAACGACGGGAAGAUGUGUGACGGCCUUUCCUCCGAGACAAAGACGUGCGCUGAUGCGAAGUGCCCCGCUCCUCACGAAAUUUGCCGCCAAGAGCAGCUGGGCUCCGUCACGUGGCAGAAAACCGCUGCCACCAACGUGGCCACCAACCGCUGCCCCACUGACGCCACAGGAGUGGUGAUACGGCAGUGCUCGCUGAAUUCCGAUGGAGUGGCCUCGUGGGAAAAGCUAAGCUUCAUCAGAUGCGUCUCCCACGACGUCCGCAAUGCGCUGCAGUUGAUGAGGGACCAGCUGGCGGUGGGACAGGCCACUGCAGAGGGCAUGGCUGCGGUCUUGGGCAACCUGGCGAGCACCUCGCAGACUCGGUUGCUGUACAGCGGCGACCUGCUGGCCUGCAUUGAGGUUCUGCGCAACUUCACGCACGAGGCCCGCCGGGUUUCUCGCGACCCAACCAGCGAGGACAUUCAGAAUUUCUUGGAGAUUGUGAGCAAUUUGCUUUCGGACGAAAACAGACCUAAGUGGGAAGACAUGCCAACGAAUCCUCCGGCUGUGCUGGAGCUCAUGCAGCUGGUGGAAGACUUCGUUCACGUGGUGGGCUCGGGAAUUAAGCUCUUCAGCGACAUGUACAUCGCCAAGGAUAACAUCGUGAUUGGCGUGCACAAGCUUUCGAGCGCCGAGGGCGGCACGGACUUGACGUUCCCGGUGAAGGGCCGACGCAACAUGAUCAAGUGGGUCAAGAGCUCGGAGGACAAGGUGGUCAUCUCCAACGCGGCCCUCUCGUCCGGCCGCCAGGGAGAACCGCCGCUGGUUUAUGUCAUCGGAGUGUCUUUUUAUAAGAACCUGGAAGGCAUCAUACCCAAGCCAAGCAAUGGGACCAUAAUAAACUCCAGGAUAGUGUCUGUGACCAUCCGGCCAGCACCAAAGAACAAGGACUUGCCACUUCUGGAAAUAGAAUUCUCUCACACAUCGAAUGGCACGGGCGCAUUCUGCUCUUCGUGGGACGCGGCGAGCAGAGAUGCAACGCUCGGCAAAUGGUCUCCUCGCUUCUGCAAGACGUUACUGAGCGACGCGGGGAAGACACUGUGCCAAUGUGGCAAGAUCUCUACGUUCACUGUUCUGGCCCAGCAGGCUCAAGCACAGAAAGUGGAGCCAGUGAGGACACUGUCUGUGGCUCUGAUUGUCGGCUGCUCAAUCUCGUCUCUCGCUCUUAUGCUACUCAUCUUUAUAUACACCCUCAUCUGGAGAUCUAUCAAGUCGGACCGGAGUGUGAUUCUCAUCAACUUCUGCCUCUCCAUUAUCUCUUCAAACAUCUUGAUCUUGGUUGGACAGACACAAACACAGAACAAGGGUGUGUGCACCAUGAUCGCUGUGUUUCUGCACUUCUCCUUUCUGGCCACCUUCUGCUGGGUUCUCACUGAGGCCUGGCAAUCCUACAUGGCUGUGCGGGGCGUCACCAUGAAGAGGAUCAUACGCAAGCGCUUCCUGUGCAUGGGCUGGGGGCUCCCAGCUCUCGUAGUUGCGACCUCGGUGGGCUUCACGAAAGCGAGCGGAUACGGCACGGCCAAUUAUUGUUGGCUGUCUCUUGAGGGAGGCCUGCUUUAUUCAUUUGUAGGACCUGCUGCUGCUGUCGUCUUGGUCAACAUGGUUUUGGGAAUUCUGGUCUUUAACAAGCUCGUGUCCAAAGAAGGCAUUCCUGAUAAAGAGCUGAAACACAGGGCAGGGUCGUCGCUGUGGAGCUCGUGCGUGGUGUUGCCUCUCCUCGCCCUCACGUGGAUGUCGGCCGUUUUGGCCAUCACUGACCCCCGCUCAAGCCUCUUUCAGAUCCUCUUCUCAGUCUUCGACUCCCUGCAGGGCUGCGUCAUCUUCAGUGUUCACUGCAUCCUCAAGAAAGAGGUGCAAAGCGCCAUCAAAUUUCGGAUUACAGGACGACUGGAGCCCAGUGAGCCCUGCAGCUAUUUCCAAAAUGGCCAUGCGCAAAUAAUGACAGACUUUGAAAAGGACGUUGAUCUCGCUUGCCGCUCAGUGUUACAUCAGAAAGACAUAAAACCCUCUCGGUCCUCCACAGUCGCGAGCACCCUAUCGCGCACCUCCGCACCGGACGACGGCGGCAACAAUGAGCAAACGGAGAUGCAGCCCUGCCUGGGCCAGACGCGUCUGCCAGGCAGCUCCGCAAACGAAAUCCCCAUGCACCCGGUCACGCAGAUCCACAUGAGCACCAUGUCCACGCUGCCUCGAUUCCAGGAAUCCUCCUCAGUCGUGCGAUUCCAGGAUUCGGCAGCGACACUGCCGCGCUUCCAAGACUCCGCCGGUCAGAUGCUUCACGUACACGAGCACGUGAACGCCCGCGGCGCUCUGGACCACGGCCCCCACGGCCAGCGCUUCCAAGAGAGCAGCGCCACCAUGCCAAGGUUUCAGACGUCGGGGGCGGCGACGUCCUCGAGAUACCAGGAUGGCGGUGCUCGGGUCGUGGGAUUUCAGGAUCCCAUCUCGCAGAUCUCGGGGCAGCAGGUGGUCGGCGGUUACGGGGGGUUCGGCGAGCGCGUGAGGCUCGGGCAAGAAAGCGGUGGCAGCGGUGGAAAUGGGCACCGGGCCAAUUUUGGCCUCCCGUUUGGAGGCGGUGGUGGCGGUGGCGGCGGCGGCGGCGGCGGUGGCGGCGACAGAUUCAGCCGCACGGACAGUGAUCUGCUGCGUGCGCAAGAGCGGGCUCUCGAGAAGGACUACAUCGUCCUGCAGAGUAGCCUCAAGGAGGGCAAGGGUGGCACGUUGGACGGCCGGCAGUCGGAUGGUGGGGGCGGCUUGGGGUACGGUGCGCGGGGAGGGGGCGGCGGUGGUGGUGGUGGUGCGUCCACGGGGCCGCGGAUGGGGCUGCAGUCCCGGAGAACGAUGAUCAAGCCCGGCCAGCGGGGAAACAACGCGUCCAACACCUUAACGAGUCUGCCGGAGUUUGACAAGGGGGUGAUACGGCAGCUGCUCAACAGCGAGUCGGGAUCCACCACUUCGGUCAACUCGCUCGAUAGACGAAAAGCAAAAUAUUCUGAGCUAGAUUUCCAGAAAAUCAUGCACACGAGAAAGAGGCACCAUGAGAUGUUUCAUGAGAUGAGCCAAAAAUUCCCAACUUUGGAUCGACAUUGGCAGUCACCUGCAGAUAGCCUGAAGCAGUCGGAGAAAAGAUGGAGCCUGUCGUCCCCUGGCAGCGACUCGGUGGUGGAGAGCGUGAGCGAGAUGUCCUCUCAGAGUCGCCCUCCGCUAGAUCUGCCGACGACCGACAGCAGCCGGCGGCAGUCUCCCGCUCCUGCCAUGUGGCCCUUCCACGGCACGGGACACGAGCACCAGAUGAAGGAUGCGUCGGAGCAAGAAGCUUCGGAAGACCUAAUCUCCUUCACGGGAGGAACGGGCGAUUUCCAGACCGAGGUGUGAGUGUGGUGCACGGACAGCCAAGCACACUUUUGUGUGAGAAAAGGUUUAGAGAAAGGUUUGACAAAAGCUUCUCCCCCCCCCCCCCCCUUAUUACUUUGUUUGAUUAAGGAAUUGCUGUACUUUACGCUUCAUAUUUUAGGCAAAUUUUUGGAGUGAUAUUGGCCCAGGUUGUGGCGUGUAUCUCUAUUAGUAUCGAAUGUAAUAGACAUUGUAAAGAAGUUAGUUAUUAAGACUCUGUUGUGAUAAUUAAAACAAAAGUAUACCACCUUUCUUUAGAAAGUGUUCAUUUAAAUUUGUUUACUUACGACCGGCUUAUAUAAUUCUUUUCAGUUUUUUUGUUUUGCUAAACUUAAGAGCAUUCAGACUUUGUACUGCAAACAUAUAAAAUGUCUCGGAAAAGGUCUGACUGCAUGUAAAUAGAAUUUCAAUUCAUGUGAUGGCAUGAGAAGUUAUUUUUUAAUAAUUCAUUUAAUGAUAAUUAUUUUAUUUUUAAAAAAAGAAAAUAAAUAAACUGAAAGAAUUAUCCAAGUGCAAAAGUUAUAUUAGGUUGUGAUGGUAUAUUUUAAACUAAAAAAAACUAGCAGUUGCUUCACUUGUUUACUUGCUUAAUUGAACAUACAGUCGUUGAACUAAUGCUAAUAUUUUAAGAACUACUAUCCAUCAUUUUGACUGGAUGUACAAUACGCUUCAACGUAUAAUUACCAGUGUAUAGUUUAAUCCUUUUUGCAAUGUUUAUUAAGAAGAAGAAGAAGAAAAAAACAAGCAAAAAUAAAACAAGCAUUACUCAUGCGAACAUUGGCAGCAUGUAUAAAUACAUUCGCU